GAGGAGGAGGAGGAGGAGGAGGAGGGACAGGAAAAUGCCUUUCUCUGUGGGAGACAUCAGCCCUGUGUGAUCUCAUGAAUAUAUUAUAGCGGGGGUCAUUGUGCAAUGAGGAAGGUGCAGCGAGCCUGCCAGGUUACGGCCUGAGGAGCUCGGCUGCAGCUCGGUCCGUCACACCGUCACUCGGCUUCAAGGGUUUGAGUUAGUCAGCUGAUAACACGGUUUACACGGAGGUUUACAAUAAAUAACAGCAGGGUUAUAUUUGUGUUAGUUAGUUUAGAGGCUGCUGGCUGCGGUUCCCGCUCCACGGUUCCGUUAAAUAUGAUAUUAACGGUUUAACGGACGCGACUGCGACACUAGCUACCUAGCCGGCUAAGCUAAGCUAAGCUAGGCUAGGCUAGGCUAGGCUAGCGGGCUCAGGCGGAGCUCCGUCCGGCAGCUGGAGGCUGAAGACGCAGAAACAAGCUUUUUUUUUUCGCUGCAACAUAUCUGCGUUUUAUUCCCGCGGCUCGGGCAGGGCUGCUGCCUCUUAAGGACAGUGGGGGCUCUCUGAUGAUCCCCACGUCCAUCCGAUGAACCCCCUCAACUCCAUGAAACCCUCCCUGCCUCCCAAUCCACAAAGCAGUGACGGCCCCUUCCUAAAUGACCCAGUCUCCUGGCAACCAGGCACCAAUCAGCACGCAGGAUCUCUCUCUGUAGUAACCACAGUGUGGGGCGUGACCAAUCCCACACACAGCCAGGUGUUCGGUGCCCCCAUGGGUCCGGGUGAGAGCUCUGGCGGUCAUAUGAUGCCCGGUGGCAGCCCUGGUAUGGGUCCUGGCAUGGGCUCCCAGUUCAUGGGCCAGCAGUCGUACGGGGAGGCCGUCUCUAAAGGUUACGGCCAGCCGGUCAUGUACGGACGUCCCAGCGCUGCUUACAACCCAGGCUCAGCCUACGGUGGAAGUUACCCCGGUAACAGUGGAGGCGCCGGUCUGGGCGUUCGCCCGCCCUCAGACUUCACUCAGGCCGCCGCUGCCGCUGUCGCUGCCGCCGCCGCCACGGCAACUGCCACCGCUACGGCAACUGUUGCAGCAAUACAGGAGAAACAGAACCAGGAGAUGAACUAUGGGCAGAUGGGUGGAGCAUCCUCUUACAGCACCCAGUUCCUGUCUCAUUCGGGCCCCCGUGGCCCUCCUCCAGGAAUGGUCUCUUCCAGGCCGGGACCUCCACCCACAGGCGGAGGCUUGUAUCCUUCUCACCCCGCCCAGGCUCAGAAGAUGCCCCAGCACGGAGGUUAUCCAGGCGGACAGCAAGGGCUCAAACGGCCUUUUCAUUCAGAGGGUUUUCCAGUGCAGCAGUACGGCUCUGGAGGGAUGUCGGGGUAUCCGAACCAGCCUCUGCAGUACCCCGCCGGUCCACAGCAGCGAUGCGCCCCCUCGCCCUCUUACCCCUCCAGUCGGAUGCCCCUCAUGGGACAGUACAGUUCCGGAUCACACAACCCAGCACAGUUCCCGCCCGGAGCCGGCCAGCCCAAUCCUCCACAGUAUUACAAGUCAGAGCCGUUCAACGGUCAGGGCAGCCUGCCAUCUGGAGGAGCGGGAGGAUACAAUGCUUUCACACAGGCUGCAGUGAGCGGGCCAGGUCGGGGCGGAGUGAUGCCCGGGUAUCCCAGCUCUCCGAUGGGAGGGAAUCCCACGCCUCCGAUGACACCCGGGACGUCCAUACCUCCCUACCUGUCCCCAGGCCAGGACACAAAACCCCCGUACCUUCCACCGGACAUCAAGCCCAACAUCAACACCCAGCAGCCCUCCACAGGUAACCCCAGCGACGACCUGCGUCUGACUUUCCCGGUACGAGACGGUGUCGUGUUGGAGCCGUUCAGACUGGAGCACAACCUGGCCGUCAGUAACCACGCCUUCCAGCUCCGAGACUCCGUCUACAAAACGCUCAUGUUGAGACCAGAUCUGGAGCUGCAGUUUAAGUGUUACCACCACGAGGACCGACAGAUGAACACUAACUGGCCGGCCUCUGUGCAAGUGAGCGUCAAUGCCACUCCUUUGUGCAUUGAAAGAGGCGACAACAAAACCUCCCACAAGCCCUUGUACCUAAAACAAGUGUGUCAACCCGGACGUAACACCGUGCAGAUCACAGUCACAGCCUGCUGUUGUUCCCACCUGUUCGUGCUGCAGCUGGUCCACCGGCCGUCCGUCAGGUCUGUCCUGCAGGGUCUGAUGAAGAAGAGACUCCUGCCGGCCGAGCACUGCAUCACCAAGAUAAAGAGAAACUUCAGCAGCGGCACCAUCCCCGGGACUCCUGGCCUGAACGGAGAGGACGGCGUCGAGCAGACGGCGAUCAAAGUUUCUCUCAAAUGUCCGAUCACGUUCAGACGAAUCCAGCUGCCGGCCAGAGGCCACGACUGCAGACACAUACAGUGUUUCGACCUGGAGUCCUAUCUGCAGCUUAAUUGUGAACGAGGGACGUGGAGAUGUCCUGUGUGCAAUAAGACCGCUCUGCUCGAGGGGCUGGAGGUGGACCAGUACAUGCUCGGGAUUCUUGUCUACAUCCAGAACUCUGACUACGAGGAGAUCACCAUCGACCCGGUGUGCGGUUGGAGGCCGGUGCCCGUCAAACCGGACCUGCACAUAAAGGAGGAGCCCGACGGCCCGGUGCUGAAACGCUGCCGAACGGUCAGCCCGAGUCACAUGGUGCUGCCUAACGUGAUGGAAAUGAUCGCCGCUCUGGGCCCGGCGUCGUCCCCCUACCAGGGUCUGACCGCAGGGGGCAGGAACACCCCCGACUACAACCGGCCAGGGAGCCAGGGAUUCUCCAGCCAAACCGGGUUCACAGACUUCCCCAACACUCCCGGCACCCCGACACUCGGAGAGUACGCCUCCUCUGGACCGCCGCCUCCACUCCCCUACCAGUCCGAGCAGACGUCUCAUUCUGGACGAAUCGAACACGCCCAUAACCUCCUCCAGCAGCAGCAGCACAGUUCAGGCGUUCACGGUAAUCAGAGUCUCGGCGACGCCGGCAGCCCGCUGCCGCAGCGGAACGCCAAUACCCAGAGUUCCCGGCUGCAGAGCGAAGGCUCCUUCGGGCUGGGAGGCCCGGGAGCACCCGGAGGAGAGGGAGCCGAUCAUGCACUAGAUCUUCUUCCCGAGCUGACCAACCCGGACGAGCUGCUGUCCUACCUGGGCCCGCCCGACCUGCCCAACAACAGCAGCGACGACCUGCUGUCUCUGUUCGAGAACAACUGACCGCCUCCAACGUCUUCGUCAGCGACGGUCAUCUUCCAGUCCGGCCUCUCGCUCUUCUGUUUGCUGUAGCUCUGCCCUCAUUGGUCAGAAGACGGCAACCGUUCUCUGUCGGCACCCACUACUUUAUGUGUGUGUGAGUGUGUGUGUGUGUGCGAGUGUCUGUGUGUGCAUAAAUGAGUGUAUCUUUGUGUUUUUUUAAGUGUCCUGCUGUACUUUAAUUCAUUCAGUGCAGUAAACAGGAAGAGGAGGGAUCACACGUCAUGAAGGCACUGACUCUGCAGACCAGCAUUUUAAAAACUAUAGCACAAAGCAGGCUGAAGGAUUUAAAUAUACAGUAUUUAAUUUAUAGAUUUUAUUCACUGACAUGGAGAUUAAUGGAAGCUGGGAUGUGUUCAAGGACGCGUUGAUACAGCGGUUUCCCGACACAAACACACAUUUCUACUGUUUUACCUCAUGAUCCAAAUAUAUAACCAUUAUCUCUGUUGAGUUUCUCAUAAUAUUUAAAUAUUUUAAAGUGUUCUGGUGUCGUGGAGCAGUCAGGGCUCAUUCGCCGUCUGCUUUAAAGGUCCAGUGUGUCAGAUUUAUCUACAGAAUAUCAUAUUUAUAACUUCUCAUUAGUGUUUAAUCAGCUGAGACUUUAACAUCUACAAACCUCUUCUAUAGGUGUUUCUACAGUAGCCCAGGAUGGACAAACUAAACACUAGCUGUAGAUGGGGACUGUGGCGCAUGUUGGCGACGGGUUUGCAACCAGCAACUUUACCCGUUAGACCCCGUUAAAUCCUCCACACACUGGUCCUUUAAGUUCACUUUCACAAACGUCUCUGUGCUCCUGAUGUGGCCUCCCGGAACCGCUGCAUUAAAGGUCGUGAUAUUUUACAUUUCUCUUCUUGUCAACAACUCUUGACUUAAAAAGAGUUUGGAAAGGUCGCUGUAUCUUCGUCAGACGAAAGAGGGGAUUUGUUAGGGACUAUUUCCCGCGGUGGAUGAAUCUACGUUUGAGUCAAGUAUAACACUUCGUAGUGUAAACAGACAAGAACUUGAUAGAGACAGCUGAAGAGUAACAGGAAUGUGGAGAGAGAUGAGGAACGACAUGCAGCAGGUCGGAUUCGAACCCUGGGCUGCUACACGGGGCAGAUGUUCCACCAACUGAGCGAAUCCCCAGAUUAUUCUUCUUUACCGAAUUGCAACCGUGCAGACGUUAUUUGACCACCAAAAUAUAAAUAUUAAACGUGUACAACUUAUAUUUGUAUGUUGUGGUAUUCACCUCAACCGCGUCAGCUCCAGCAGCUUCCUCGGCUACGUAGCGUCCGGCGUUCGAAACCAUCCAAACUCAUUUUGACAUGCGUGAACUCACUUACGGACCUAAAAUCCAUCAAUUUUCUUCCAAAAAUCUGGGGUCGGGUCACAAUGGCAGCAGGUUUAUCAGAGCGUUCCAGCUCCUCCUGCUGGUCCUGAGGGGUUCCCAGGCUAUAGAUGGGUGAUGUACUCCCCUCCAGCGGGGUCUCCUCCCAGUUGGACCUCCAAAGAAAGGCGCCUUGAACCGCCUCAGCUGGCUCCUUUCCGUUCUACUAAGUGGCCGAAAUGAGCUUCCUCCACUGACCAGCUCAUUUCGACCACUCGUAUCCGCGAUCUGCCCAAAGCUCAUGACCGUAGGUGGAACGUAGACGGACUGGACUCGAGUAUCUGGUCGUUUGUUUGACAAUAAGAGAAAUCUAAAACUUCAUCGGACUUUUCCCGUAAUACAUGAAGAUGUAAGAUAAGGGCAGUUAAACUAAACGUGGUCUCAUUUUUUUUUUUGUUUCUCUCUGUGCUGAUCAGUCGGGCGACGAAGUGAAAAGACGAAGGGCGACCUCGCGUUUCAAACAAAGAAAAAAAGAUGUACUAUAGACUUUUUUUGUUUUCUAACAUGAAGUUGGGAGAGCGCGCUGAGGUUCAUUGUAUCUCUGACAUCCUUCAGCACUGUGAAAUAGAAGGAAAACUCCCGCCUCUCUCCCUCUUGUUGGUUUCUACCCUCUUUCUGGGUAUUUCUUUUUUUUUCCAAGCAUACUGUAAAUGAGUACAGCUGUGUGUCGUGGCAUUUUCUGCCAUCUGAAAGUUUGUUUUCCAUCAUUUGACACGUAUAACCCAUCAUGACGCGGGUUCAUGUACUGUAUAAUCAACUUGUUUUCAUUAGAGAACGUGUGUGUAUCAAAUGAAAUGUUAAUCAUGGUAAUUUUAAUGUUAUUAGUUGGGUAAUGGAUCAUCGUUGGCACUGUAUACAUACUGUAUGUUAGAACAUUACGAAGCAAUUGUAAAAAAAAAUAAUAAUAAUCUGGCGUAUGACGGGAAACGGACGGUCAGCUGAUGUCAUCGAGAAAUGCAGUUAAACCUGCAGAAAUGAUUCUUCGUACCACUUUUUAAAGCUGACGUCUUUUUCUACGACUGAACCCUUCGAGGUCCCGACAAGGCAGCAAAGAAAAUAAUGCCAAUUGAGCGACACGAUAACGUUAUAUUUGGGGAAAAUUAUGGACUAUUUAACUGCAAAAAUUUGCUAGAGAGAGAAGAAGAAGAAAAAAAAAAAGAAGAGGUUUUUUUAAAUAUGUAAACUAUUCCACAUAUUUUGUAACACAUUGUAAUUGCCAUUAUUUUCUAUUUAUUUUUUAAUCAUAACCGUCAUUGUACCUGCAGUUACCUUUUUGUCCCUUUCCUGAAUCUCAGAAUCAGAAUUAAAAAUCACUUUAUUUGACAAAAAGAA